AUGAUUAAGUUACUUACCGAGCGGAGAAGCAAUGUGCUCGCAAUCUUUCAAUCUAACUCGUCUUGUCUGUCCUUUUUCUAAAGCUGACUCUGUCCCUAACCUAUCAUUGUGAGUAGUCAAAUUAAAAUCACGCUCACAUCAAUUGACCAAAAGCACCAAUGUCCGCCCCUCGAUCUUUCACGACCCUGGCGUCCCGCGCCUUGGUCCGGCCGACCACUCCACGCAAUGGCACUAUCUCAAACGUCCUCUGUUCAUGCCAAAGAGGGUUAAAGAGCGCGGCGGUCCCAUCACCAGCUUGGGCUCUGCGCGUCGGACGCAAGAAUGAGCAGAUCUCAUUUGUUCAGAGGACGUGGACGUCGCGGAUGAACCAGCUGCAGCAAGUCCGAUGGCAGAGCCAGAAGGGUGAAGGAGACGCACCGGAAUGGAAGCAGUGGGGAUUCGAAGAUAUCAACGCCGCCCUUCCCCGCCGGGAUGCAAUCCUGAUUGACGUCCGCGAACCCGUCGAACUCUCUUCAACCGGCAUUAUCCCCUCUGCCGUCUCGAUCCCACUUGCCUCCCAGCCCGACGCUCUAUUCCUCACUCCCGAAGAGUUCGAGACCCGAUUCGGUUUCCCGAAGCCUGGAGUUUCCGAAGAGGAAGCCAAGCGAAACUUGGUAUUUUACUGCAAAGCCGGAGUGAGAGCCCGCGCUGCAGCCCAGCUUGCUGCGCAGGCUGGUUAUGAUCCUGCCAGAAUCGGAGUGUAUGAUGGUAGUUGGCUUGAUUGGGCUGAGCGCGGAGGAAAGGUUGAGAAGUGGGAGCCGGAGGAGUAACUUACCUACCUACUUACUUACUUACUUACUAUCUAGGCGGGACUACUCGAGGGUAUUUAUUGGUAGCAGUUUUGACAUCAGGCUAUAGUUCUGCGUGCUUGCUUGUUGCGGUUUGUUUGUAUUAUACUUGUGUGUUAGAAAUCUCUUGUGAAAAGAUGGUUAAGAAGCAUGCCAAUAUUCCGUUGGUUGUUGUUCUUUAGUUUAAAUCGAUACCAAUCACUAUGUGGUGUGGUCCUCAUUAUAA